CAAUUGGAUACGGCAUGAGGCGCCAUAACGCGGACACUUACGAAAUUCCUGCACUAUGGUGGACUGGCAAGCGGAAUAUGUGAAGGCGGCGGAGCUGGAGGAAGCUGAAGAGGGUUCUACGCCAACUACGGCUUCGCAACAAAGCGUCAAGACUCCGGUAGAUAAUGUGCUGACGUUUCUCGACCUACUGUUGGUCGAGGAAGGCGGCGAGUGGUGGGCCAAGCUACAGCAUCGAGUGAAGUGUGCUGCCAAGCAGAAGAGUGAUGAUCAGGGGGCGGUGGCAUUAAGCGAAGAUGACAAAAAACAGCUUAAGACACUCAAGAAGCGGCUGGCAGCGGUUGGAGUCGAGCUAGUGAUUGAACUGCCGAAGCUGAAUGCGUCGGUGAGCAGUAAGGAGACGCCUCGCUCCGCUAAAGUGCGUGUGUUGCAACUACAGCUCGUGUGUCGCGUACUGUGCUACGGGGAUCUGACCAAAAAGAAGAAAGAGGAAAAGAAACGGCUGAAGAAGGAGAUCAGGAAUCUAUUGGACCGUGUGGCAUUGCUGUUAGACGCAGCAAACCCGCCGUCGUUGGCGGAUGAGGAUGCGGACGAACGUUCGCCGUUCCAGGAGUUUCUACAGCAGCAAUUAGCCCCGAGAUUGCAGAUGCUGCUACCAGAUCUCGUGCGGUAUUUACUGAGGGCAUACGAGCUGGAAGAAGAGCAGGAGGCCAAGGUUGACGAGAACAAAGACGCUAUGACAGCAUUGCUGCCUACGCCUGUGGUGAAGCCACCUCAGCGUCCUGUCGAACUUCCAAAGGCUGGUGUUACCGGCAAAGGCAGCAUUUUAUCUGCAUUACGCCAAGAACGACCGGCAAAGCGUGCUCGCCCCGAUGCAAGUGGCUUGUUUAAGGAAGUCCAGCUCCCUCAUCAGUUGCAGCAAAAGCAGAUUAUUCAGUCACGACCUCACAAGUCAAGGCGGAUCUCUACAACCCACAGCGGCGCAAGUAAAAGCAAAAAUGCUGACAAAAGUAGAAGUGCACGAAGUAGUCAGGACUCGCUUCUUCGCGCGGCAGCCAGUGCCAAAUCGACAAACCAAUCGAGAACUCACGACUUUGCUCGAACAGCUAAGACUGGCCCGGUGUCGAGCAUCGGAAAGCGUAUCGAGACUGAUCUGCUGCGUCGCGCCGUUGUGGAAUCCAGUAAGAAAGGACCUGCAGCGCCUCUCCUCCACCGAGCGAUGUCGGACCGAUCUAACUAUACUGGACGGCAACCUGCAAUGUCAUCAUCGCCAGGCGCGGCCAGAAGAACAGAUGCAACAGCCAAUAAUUGCUCACCGCCAUUGCGCCGAGCGAUGACCACUUCGUCAGUGGUCAUGCGGACGCCCGACAGACCCAAGCGAAUGGUUGCACGAACUACCAGAAGGGUCUUGGUAGAAGCAUCUCCUCCGCUACGUAGUCUCGGAGCUGCACCUCGUCUACUUCAGCCCAAGUCAUUACGACCAUCCGGUAUCAACCCUCCCUCUCUUUUCGGCAACGAUUCAAAAUAUAAGUAGAGUGACAGAAGACCUCGAAUUAAGCAGCAUUACACUAGCUUGCGUCAGCG